AUGACACAUUUACCAAUAGGUUCUAAAUUAUCAAACAAUUGUAAAGCUGAUAUUCUACUUGAUCCAAAACAUCGAUCAUUAAAUUUAUUUGUAAAUAAACGUAUUACUGGUUGGUGGCCAUUGAUUGCUCCAUUAAAAGUUGGAGAAAUUCGUGACACAACUCUAUUAGGUGGUAAAGUUGAAGCUGAAUUUACUCUUCUUACAGCUGAAGAAGCUGAAAAAAAUCCUGUUGGAAAAGGACGUGAAGGACCACAACCACUUGAUGAACCAAAUCGCCCAAAAACUUCAUUUCAAUGGUUUACAUCUCCAUGGAAAACAUUUCGAUAUAUUGUUUGGCGUAAUUUUAAAUGGUCAAUUAUUAUUGGCAUAAUUAUAUUUAUUUUUGUUGUUUGUUUUUUACUGAUAUUGUGGUCACUGCCUGGAGAAUUAGUUCGACAAAUAACAAGCCACGUUUUUAAAACAAAUACUGGCAAAAAAUAA